UACAGUGCUGUGGACAGCAACCCUAUUUCCCUGUAUGUCAUGCAUCCAUUUUGGAACACUGUAGUUAAGAUUUUCCCUAAGUGGCUGGCCCCAAAUUUGAUAACAUUUUCUGGUUUCUUGCUACUUGUCUUCAACUUCUUUCUCAUGGCAUACUUUGACCCUGAUUUUUAUGCUUCUGCACCAGACCAAAAGCACGUUCCAAACAAAGUGUGGGUCAUAGUGGGUCUCCUCAAUUUUGCGGCUUAUACGCUAGAUGGUGUGGAUGGGAAACAGGCACGUCGCACCCAAUCCAGCUCCCCACUUGGGGAACUCUUUGACCAUGGCCUGGACAGCUGGGCUUGCAUGUUCUUUGUGGUGACCGUAUACUCCACUUUUGGCCGAGGGUCCAAUGGUGUCAGCGUUUUUAUCCUCUACCUGCUCCUCUGGAUGGUUUUGUUCUCAUUCAUCCUUUCCCAUUGGGAGAAGUAUAAUACAGGGAUUCUCUUCUUGCCUUGGGGCUACGAUAUCAGCCAGGUGAGCCUAUGCCAAAGGCACCCUCAAGCACCACUCCUUCUAUGAAGCCAUGCUGCCUUUCUUCUCGCCAGUCCUCCUUUUUACUUUGUGCACCUUUUGGAUCUUCCAGUCACCAACAGAUAUCCUGGAGACCCAGCCGCGCCUCUUCUAUUUCAUGGUUGGGACAGCCUUCGCAAAUAUCUCU